CGCAGAUGUGCGCAGCGCGCCUGUUCUAGACGCAUUACGGUAGAGCAAACUGUCCCCUAACACAUCGCCAACACAAGACACAAGCGGAGUAAUUCAACACUGAUUUCUCUGCGAAUGAGCGAGGAACAGACGAGAUGCCAAAAACUCCAGCGAGAAGCAUUAUUGGGACUUUAGGAAAACUCACCGUGUGACUAACAGAGAGGAAGAGAGAAGACCUGAAGCGACGAGGAGGCGUAAAGAGCCGCGUGCUUGUUCUUCAUGAACUUUGAGGAGCGCUGUGACCAUGCAGCCUUUGAGCUAGUGCACGAUUAUUGUUUUCACUUAUCACCCUACUGAGUGACCAGUCUGAGGGAGAGGAAGCCAGUAAAAAGGAAAAGAAGACUAAUAAAGACAGUUGUCGUUUAAAGUAAUGGUCUGAAGACAUCACUCAUAGAACAGGAUUUUUUUUUUUCCUUUUUGCGUUGCUCUUCUGAAGGUUUCUGGAAUCACUGGGACAUUCACGAGAGCUGGAGCGACACAUCCACAUGGUCCAGCCGUAGAGUGAAAGUAGAGUUCUUCACAAUAUCCUAACAGGUGCCACGUGAUGAUGGUAGAAUCAGCAACUGAGACCAUUCGAACAACACCCUCCAAUCAAAAUGGAGUCAGCAGUCUAAGCAGCCAAUCAGACGGCGGAGGAAGAGAGGGUGGGUCCAACGGUGACACCAAUGGGGAGAUCAGCCCGGUGGAUUUACUGCAUCUUCAACAGCAACAGGCCCUCCAGGCAGCACGCCAGUUCAUCCUCCAGCAGGCCACAGGACUCAACUCUCCCAGCAGCAACGAGGUCAAACAGAGCCCUGUGCAGGUGCCUGUAUCAAUGGCGAUGAUGACCCCACAGAUGAUCACCCCUCAGCAGAUGCAGCAGAUCCUCUCUCCGCCUCAACUUCAAGCUUUACUCCAACAGCAACAAGCCCUUAUGCUGCAACAGCUGCAAGAGUACUACAAGAAGCAACAGGAGCAGUUGCACCUCCAGCUCCUUACCCAGCAACAGCAAGCAGGGAAGCAGGCCAAAGAGCAGCAGCAGUUGGGGAAUAAACAGCUGGCUUUCCAGCAGCAGUUGAUCCAGAUGCAACAGCUACAGCAGCAACACAUUCUGAAUCUACAAAGACAAGGCCUGGUGAACCUACAGCCGGGCCAAGGAGCAGUACCCAUUCAGAGCCUGCAGCAAGCCAUGUGUCCCACUGACCUGCAGCAGUUGUGGAAGGAUGUGGCCGGUGUUCAGAGCACAGAGGAGGUCAUGAAACACGAGGGCCUCGAUCUGACCACCAACAGCUCCAACACUACCUCAUACUCGGCCUCCAAGGUCUCACCUCAGAUCCCUCAUCAUCCUUUGCCAAAUGGACAAAACUCUGUGCACACUCCAAAGAGAGACAGAGCAAGACUCUUUGAGUGGAUCUCGUCCUUCACCAAGGAGUCCAGUGACGAGCAUCUCACGCCUUAUUCCAAAGGCACUCCCCUGCAGAGCACUCACUCGACCCACGAGGAACACACAGCCUCUCACCCACUCUACGGACACGGCGAGUGCAAGUGGCCUGGUUGUGAGGCACUCUGCGAGGACAUGGGCCAGUUCAUUAAGCACCUGAAUAGUGAACACGCCCUGGAUGAUCGCAGUACGGCCCAGUGCAGGGUCCAGAUGCAGGUCGUUCAACAGCUGGAGAUACAGCUGGCCAAAGAGAGCGAGCGUCUGCAGGCCAUGAUGGCCCACCUGCACAUGCGUCCAUCAGAGCCAAAGCAUUUCAACCAACCUCUAAACCUGGCCUCAAGCGUGUCGCUUUCGAAAAGAGAAAAUGAUGGUUUUCCUGAGGGUCUUCCUCAUCCUCCCACCUCUGCUGCAACCCCCAUCACCCCGAUGAGGCAGGGCCCCUCCGUCAUCAGCUCCUCCAGCCUCCACGGGGUCGGACCCAUCCGGCGACGCAACUCCGACAAGUUCUGCACCCCCAUCGCUUCAGAACUUGCACAGAAUUGUGAAUUCUACAAAAACGCUGAUGUCAGGCCUCCAUUCACCUACGCCUCCCUCAUACGACACGCCAUUCUGGAAGCCCCUGACCGACAGCUGACUCUAAAUGAGAUCUAUAACUGGUUUACACGAAUGUUCGCCUAUUUCAGGAGAAACACAGCAACGUGGAAGAAUGCUGUGCGCCAUAACCUGAGUCUGCACAAGUGCUUUGUGCGGGUCGAGAAUGUUAAGGGUGCUGUUUGGACUGUGGAUGAAGUGGAAUACCAAAAGAGGAGACCACCAAAGAUGACCGGGUACGUAGACUUCAAGGGAAGCCCCACUCUUGUGAAAAAUAUGAUUUCUGGACUGGGAUUUGGCUCACUGAAUGCCAGCUAUCAGGCUGCGCUGGCAGAGAGCAGUCUUGGUCUUCUGAACAGCCCCACGCUGAUGAACAACAGCACAGGUGCGAGUCUCAACAUGCUGCACAUUGGCCAUGAUGAUGUCAGCAGCACCGUUGAACAAGUCAACAGUAACGGCAGCUGCAGCCCCGGCCUUUCUCCACAGCAGUACGGACAUCAGAUCCACGUGAAGGAGGAGCCGGCAGAGAUGGAGGAGGACAGCAGACCCGUGUCCCUCUUGGCAUCAGUCACUCAAAACCUGAGCAUGCCCAGUGACGAUCGCGACAUGGAGGACGAGCUUCCCACUGAAGAGCUGGAGUAAGAGGAAGCCCCGUCCCCUACCUCACGUUCAACACGUUAUAGAUCAAGUGAGGAAAAAAAAAACAAAGAAACAAAACCAACUUCAAAAACCAAAACAGGGUUCGACCUCAUCUGUUCACAAUGCAAAAACAACUUUUUCCCCUGAUUUUCUUUUUGUUUAUUUCAUCAGACAAUUCCCUCAAAAAGGCCCUUUGAACAGCGCAUUGGUGUUUUGAAACAUAGUCUGAUAGAAGCUGCUGAGGGAGACCUGACGUCAGUACACAAACUUUUUUUUUUUUUUUUUUUUUUUUAGAAGUCACUCGAGGUUUCUCUAUUUUAAAUCUUUUUAGCUUUAAUUUUUAUGUUCUUCGGGCCUGAGAACACUGCUUUUCUAUGGGAUAAACACAAAGCGGUGAUUUACCUCAGAAAGAUGAGAAAAAAAGAGGAAAAAGAUGACAAACACACAUCUUUAGAAUGACUUCAACCGCAUUUUUGUACUCUUUCGAAAGAGGAUGCUGCAAGACUCAGUAACUUUGCGCUCAUACAGAUUUCAAAUUCACCACUCUCAACAAAAGCAAAGACUGAAACAAAAUGAGCUGAAAGACUGACAACGGCAUCCCUUGCCACUUGACCAAUUUCUUUUUUUGUUGUUGUUGUUGUUGGUCUCCCUUACAAGACUGGACUAGAGAAAGGAAGGAUUCGUUUUGGCUGGAGGCAGGUUUAGCCUCUUAUCUUCAUCUGAUGGAAUCUGCCAGAACGUGUUUAUCCCUCUUGCUCUUUGUCAGACUUGACGUAGAAAAUGUCGCUACCCCCAAAAAAGGCCUAUUUCAGGAAAAGGAACUUUUUUCUUCUUCUUCUUUGUUUUUUUUUUUUUGCUGUUGUUCUCCUGUGGUGCUGUUAUGACAGCCAGACUGACACGAGGCUUUUGGAGGACCAGCUCAGAGACUUUAUUAACUGUAUUGUUGAUUAUAAUAUGUGUGCAGUAGCUUUCAAUUUCGUUUUGAAAUCAUAGUCAUUGAUUUUUAAAGCAUCAACUUUUUUUGUGUUGUUUUCAUUGUGCUGUAAUUCAACUACAUGUUCUGUUGAUGAUUGUUUUGUUUCGAUUAGUUCUUUUCGAUUCUCUCAUCAUUCCAAAAAUGGGUUACGUUUGGGAGAGAAGUUCCACCACAAAACAAAAAUCCAUAUUCUACAAACUCCACCCCAACAACAAAAACAAUGAAAACUAUGUCCAAACUAGAUCCGGAUAGCACUUCCGAAAUGAAAUGAUAGCAAACAAAAACCACUCCAACCUUCUGCAGAGAAGCUGAAACUAAAGAGACUGAGGUGAAAUACGCAUCACAGGGCUCCCUGUAAGAUCCUGGAAAACUUUACAGGCACUCAUAUCUCUCUUUUUUUCAACAUAUUUGCUUCAUUUGUUCAUUUAAGUCUGAUGUAUUUUCACAAAUUUGCGCAUUUGCUUUGUGGAUUUCCAAAUUUUCUGUAGUAGCCACUUGAUUGAGAUCAGCUGCGAUACAAAUUAUUGCUUUAAUGUAAACGAUGAAACGGUCACGUAUUACCUCAGACCACAGUGUUUGCCCCCUCACGCUGUUAUUAUUAUUAUUAUUAUAAAGGGGAUUUGUACUGUGGCUAACCAAUAUGGUGACUCUGUCAUUAUCAGUUCAAAGUUCUAUAGUUGCUAGAUAUAUAAAAGCUAUUUGCAAUUCACUGUGUGAGUAGAAAGUGUCUGAUUAGCUUGUGAGAUUUUGCUUUCAUUGAAUUAUAAAGUUAAAAAAAAGAGCUUUUCUCAAGUAGUGCCAAGCCAAAUUCCAAGUUUUAAUUUAAUAUAUGUUGCUUUAAUUUUAGUUUAGUUCUUCCCCAUUUUACUUUUGUUACAGGUAACCAAAGAGAUAUUUAGUAAACCAAAAAAAAAAAACACUUUUUUUUUUUUUAAUGAUAAUUUCUUCUUCCUAAAGAACUGGCCAAAAGUACACAAAUGCGUCAUUUGAAUAUUUAAUUUCUCUUUUUUUUCAGUGAAAUCAUUUCUGUUUUAACUUACACUACAGAGCAUUCCAAAAACCAAAGUGUAAAAUGCAUUAUGUUUUUUAAGUUCGUAAAAAGGAGUUUUAAUAUAACACUACAUACAUUUAAAGGCCAAAAACAAACCGAAAAGGAAACAAAAAGCAAAAAAAGCAGUAUUAACAUCCUCUUGCGGAUCCUUAGUUAAUGUACAAAGCACUUACGAUCUGAGAAAGGAAGCUCUCUCUACCCCAUCUUGUGCUCAGGCGAUUUGCAGUGUUGAGAACGCAGUCUUAAGACUGCAUGCAAAAGGCACUUGAAUAGCAGGUAAUGUACUUUGUGACACUAGAAGCCAGCAGCAAUGACGGUUUACUUCAAAUACCAGUAUUUCACAAUAAAUCGCAGUUCAACGAAUACCAAAAAUAAAAGCAGGCAAGCACUUGCUUGUUGUGCUCAUCCUGCCUGUUGAACAGUAUUAUUUACCACACUAAUAAGGGACGGCUGAUAGGGACUCUUUUUUUCAUUUGAAACCAAUCAUUUACCGCUUCUUUUCGCUACCGUACAUAGUCACCUGUAUGUUAAACACCUUCAAAGAAAUAAAACCAAAAAUAACUCUACCUCCUUUUGAAAACAGUUCACAAAAUAGAUAUAGGCCAAUGAAAAGGUGUAAAUCCCUUCUAGUUUUUCAUUCAUCCACACACACACACACAUUGUCGGAAAAACCAAAAUAUCGCUGUGUUCCGUUGGCAUGAAUGGAAACAAAUAAACAACGGCAACAAAAUAUAAAUAAAUAAAAAAAGACGACUACCUCUCCACCCCCUACGAAAAAAAAAAAUAAUGCUGAGUCCUGUUAAGUAUGAAGCAUUAAGUGGUCAACAUAUUUAAAAGGGUCUACUCCAAAUCACAUAUUCCCCACUUUAAGCGAUCUAUUAGCAUAGUGUCUAUGUACAGGUCCUCUGUGCGGAGGCUUAAUUGUGUGUUCUAAUUCCGCAUGCAUAAUGAGAGGCCAGGCCAAUGAGAGCCAUCGAGCUGGCCGGUCAUUAGCACACACUCAAUGGGCCAGUCAGUUGGGUGUCAGAAAUGAUGAUAGGCAGAAUGCAUUAACGCAGGCCACUCUCGCACGGACCCCGCUUCCCAAUUAAUGCAAAGUGUGGAGAACAAAAACGCACACACACAUGCACACACACACACACACUGAGAUCAUCAUGCUCCCGGCCUUUAUUUUUAACCGCAAGACGAAACCAAAAUAUCCAAAGAGAAACAUCAAGCUUGUGCUCUCAAGAACUGAGGAUUUGAAGGAACUGAAAAAAAAAAAAAAACUCGCUGCAUUAUAGAAACGGACUACAAUUGUGCUUUAAGGUACACUGAAACACAUCAGUGAUGAUCGCCAUGACUCCUUCGUUACUUCAUGAUGUAUUAUUGUAUAUUACCGCUCGGCUUAGCUGUCAAGGGCAUUCCCUCCUUUUUGUGUUUCAUUUAUUUGCUUACUUUUCAUUUGUUUUAUGUUUUCCGCACUGUUUUUUUUUUUUUUUUUUUUUUUUGCUAUUGUAAAGUUUUGAGCUCAGAAUACUGUAUUGCUUAUGCUGAAGUGUAUGUAUUUAUCAUAUUAUGUGCUGCAGGUAUCAUUUUUAUGUUUGUUACUUUGUUUUUCCCAGUUUUUUCUGUCAUAAAACGUCUGGGACGAUGAUGAUUUUUUUUAUUAUUUUAUUUUUUAGUGUAUUAUCUCAAAAUUGAAAAAAAAAACAAAAAAGAUUAAGAGUUAGAUAAGUGGUUUAGGUAACACACACCUGUUUGUAUAUUUAUCUUAGCUAGGUCUAUUUUGAUACUUUUUGUCUCUGUAGUGCAUUUAUGCAUUUUUAAGGAAAAAAGAGAGAAAACUAAACUAAAAAGCUGAACUCAUUGUGUAAUGAUACCUCAGAAGGACUUUUCUCAAAAGACAGGACCAAAACUUCAUUGAAAGAGAAAAAAAAGACAUUGAAGAAACUAAAUGUGUAGCCCUCUCUUGCUUAUAAGAAAGGUGUUUGUUUUUUUAUUGUUAUUAUUUUAAUAUUGGUCCAUUUAGGUGCCAAUACAUGUACAGACUCCCUUUAAAACAAAAUCAAAUCAUUCCUUUAUUUACCAUGAUGAGCACUCAAAGCUGUUUUUCAUAAGGCAAUCGUGCUUCAGAAUAAGUGGCUCUCUUUGGUUACCAAUGGAGAGCAUCUUCCAUACAGUAUAUUUUGGCUUCUCUUGUAACAUUAAGUUUGCCAUCUGCUGUGAACUUGAUGUGGAUUUUCCACAGUAGCAAACCAAAAAAAAAAAAAAAAUGUAAUAAUAAUGCAGUUCAUCUUCAACGACCACCAAAGGGAUUGUGGAUUGACGUUUUUACUUCAAGUCUGCCACAACUGUAACCAAACAAACGCUUGAGGAAGAUGACUAUGUCUUUAAAGCAGAGCUACAAUGCCAGUGAUGAAUAGCUUUGAGUUGCCUGUUUGUUUGUUUGUUUUUAAGUAAAGGAUUCCUUCAAGGGAGCUUUUUUUGCCUGAUGGUAUUAACUUCUUCGGCCAAUCGAAUGGAACUACCACUUUGACUCUCCUCUCAUUGUAUUUUUUACGAAUGUGUGUACAUUUUUUCAGCAGUGACUUCUAUGUACUUUAGUUUCAUUUUAACUUCCGUUUGUUUGUUUCGCUUUUUCAGAUGAGACUUGGGGGAAGAAAAGGUGGUGGCUUUUGAAAUGGUAUAGAAAAUUAAAGAAAAAAAGGCAACUAGCCAUCCACCUUUGUCGUUCUAACCCCCCGGUGACCAUGUUUAUGCCAGUCACUGCCGUUUUUUCUUCAUGCUGUAUAAAAAAAAAACACAUAUAUCUGUGUAUUUGUAACCUGAAUCUUCUUGUGUCUGUCCAUGCAGACAAUAAAAAAACUGUACAGUAGGUCUAGUUGCAUGUAAUCUGUACUAAUUAUUGACAAUGGCAUUAUAAAAUGCAAUAAAAAUACUUAUUACACUGUC